AUGGGCUCCCGCCUGCGGGCCACCGCACUCUGCGAGGUGGCGCUGGCCCUGGCGGGCGGCACGGUCGUAGCGCUCCGGGCCUGGGCUCGCCUGCGGAGCUCCAUCGCACUGCCCACCUGCUCUGCGGCUGCCGCUGCCACCACCAAUCAGGGUAAAGGACAUGGUAAGCAGAUCCUGGUGCUUGACCUGGAUGGGGCUGGGAAGACCAGCAUUCUUACUAACUGCAUCAGGCACAGCAUGGCUCCCCCCGAGGGCUUCGAUGCCAUCUACAUCAACACCGAAGAGUCCCAGAUGGAAUUUCUGGAGAUUGGGGGCGGUGUCUGGAAGAUGUACUUGACCAAAGUGCUGUUGCUGGUCUAUGUCGAGGACUCGGCUGAUCAUGCCCGACUGUCUGUGGUGAAACAGCUGCUUCAUCAACUAAUCCAGAACAACUCCACCCUGCCUGUGGUAGUUCUGGCCAACAAGCAGGCAGAGGCCGGGGCAGUGCGGCUGCCGCCGUCAUCGGGGCUGUGUUCCUGGGCCCGCUGCGGCCGGUGGGGCGGGUGGAGCCGUUAG